UUAUGCCCUCUAUUCAAUUAAUUGUAGCAAUCCGCGGCCCGACGGUGAACUGCAGCAAUUAGUUUCAAAAUUCCUUUUUUUUUUUUGGAAUUGUAAUUGAUUGUAGCUGCCUCACUUCCAUAUUUGUUUUCUUUUCUUUUCUUUUUUUUUCUGGUAGGAUCUUUAGUUUAGCUAUAUUAUUUGGCUGCUAAGUUUGUGGUUUACGUUUUUUGGUAGCUUAUAUGCAUAUAUAUUCCUACUAUUGAAUGUUUUGAUAUCUGUUAGAUUUUUGGAGCAAUUUUGUUAUGCAGCAUCCUUUAAUUAGAAUGAUUUUGGCCAAGACUGAAUUGUUACUAGAUUUUUUUGAUUAUAGGACGAAUUUCUGAUAACCAUGCUUAAGCUGAAUUAUAUUUGUUUCAUUUGUUGACUGAUUUUAUCUGCCGGCAUGCUUGCAGUUUAUUCCAAGGUUAUGUUUUUAUUGCAGCGGUAUAUUUGUGUUUUUAUGUGUUGUUAUUUAUGUUGGAAGAAGAGCAUGCAAGGAGGACAACAAAAAAAUCCUGCAUUGUAGCAGAUUUUUUUUUUGUUUUUGGCUGUUGUUUUUGGAUUCAGUGCUAUCAGUCCUGGUCAUUCUUAAUGGGUAUUUUGUCAGGCUUACUUUCCUUCUAAGGACUUGUAUGGUUCUUUUGUUCACAUAGGACUCCAUGUGGUCAAUUAACGAGCUUCGACACAGUAAUCUUGUUCUUGUUGCUCUUAAAAUGGUACUAAAUGUAAUUCUUUUGUUAUUCAUUUUCUCAUUCUUGAUAACAGAGGGAAAAGUAGCAGAAAGUUUUGAUCAUGAUGGAAUCAAGGGCAAUACUUGCCACUGGUUUUGGACCGAGGAAGAUGAGAUUGAUGAAUGGCUUCAGCAUGCAUUUGCAAGGAGAGUGCAAAGGCUGGAAUUGGACCUGUUUCCAGAUGAUGGCCCGCCUUCUUCUCGAGAAUCAUAUACUUUUCAUUAUGAACUUUUUUGUCUUAGCAGUGGUAAAUCUCAACCUGGUUACUCUGAAAUCCAUCAUCAUGCACAGAUUGGCUUCAAGUCCCUUGGAGCAUUGAGUUUGAAAAGUCUGAAUGUAACUGGGGGGGUACUGGAAUUCUUCUUGAUCAAUUGUCCAUUUCUUGAGCGCCUGGUAGUGGAGGCCUCUUCAGUUUUGAUCAACCUUCGAGUUUGUGGUCCAUCUAUUGCCUUGAAAUAUCUGGAGGUAUGCUGCUGUUUGAAGUUGCAAUCCAUUAUUGUCAGCGACACAAAUUUAGUCUCCCUUACAACUACAGCAGCACACCAUCUUGUACUUCAGAAUGUCCCCAUGCUUGUGAAUGUAUGGGUUUCUGGGGAUUCCCUUAACUUGGUCAGGGAUGUUACUUCUUGGCUUUCUUGCUGCUUGUCAAAACUAGAGGUUCUUACUUUACGUGCCGACGAGUUUCAAGUUUCACAGGAAAAAGGAAUUGUUCAUGAGCUUCCUCAACUUACCAAUCUGAAGGAGUUCGUCUUAAUAGCUUUUGCAUCAAAAGAUGACAGUUUGAUUGGAUUUACUUCUUUGAUCAGGGCUUCCCCCAACUUGGAGAAGUUUGUGCUGAAGUUGGAAUCAUGGUGGAAUGAUAUGGUCAGGGGAGAUAGAAAGUUGAAGAAAGCUGCCAGCUUUCCGCUCCAACAUCUGAAAGUGGUUGAGUUACUUGGAUACUAUGGUCGCAGAAGUGAACUUGAACUUGUUGAAUACUUCCUCGAGAACGCUAUUGUCCUCGAGAAACUUAUAAUUGACCCUCGUGAUCCGGGUAAUGUCACUUGGCCCAAAACGCGCAAGGAAAGAAAGCAGGAAAUGAAGGAGGAAAAGUUAGCUAGAAAUUGUGCCAAGCAACAGCUCGAGGGAUUAAUACCUUCACAUAUUGAAUUUUCGAUUCUAUAGCUGCAAACAGCAAAUGCAGCUAAAUUUAGGUUUAUGUACAACAAGUUAUACUUUUGGGAUGUGGAAAAAGCCUACUUAUUAUAUACUUUUGAGGGUGGUAAGUGA